AUGAGUUGUACAAGACCAGAUAUAGCCUAUGCAAUAAGCAAACUAAGUAGAUACACGAGUAAUCCAGGUAAUAAUCAUUGGAAAACCAUUGUACGAUUACUUAGGUAUUUAAGAAAUACUCGUGAUUAUGGUCUGCACUACACGAGACAUCCUGUUGUUAUCGAAGGGUACACUCAUGCUAAUUGGAUUUCAAAUAUGAAAGACUCUAAGUCAACAAGUGGAUAUGUAUUUACACUUAGAGGUGCAGCUAUAUCUUGGAAAUCUUCUAAACAAACUGUUAUUGCUAAAUCCACGAUGAAAUCUGAAUUUAUAACUCUUGACAAAUGUGGUGAAAAAGCUGAAUGGCUACGUCUAUUCUUAGAAGAUAUUCCAAUAUGGUCUAAGCCCGGGGGCAUUUUCCGGCAGGAAGCGGCGGUUCCUCCGGCGGAGGAGGUGGUAGAGGCGGCGGCGGGCAGUCUGGGCAGAAGAGUUGAUUCAGGAAAAGGAAAGAAAGUAGUGGGUGGGCAGUCAGGGCAGAGGAGGGAGACGGUAUUGGAGAUAGGUAGAGUAAGAUCAACGGCUAGAACUCUGUCAGAAGAGGAGUACGAGGAUGAAGAAAUUGACGGCGGCGCCGGCAGGAAGAGGAGAAGGUAUCACCGUCACACCGCCGACCAAAUCAAAGAACUGGAACUUCUGUAUAGACACUCGCGUCUUCCCAAUGAGUUACAAAGGCAGGAAUUGGGAAAUCGAUUGGGGCUCUCUCCACAACAAGUGAAAUUCUGGUUCCAGAAUAGAAGAACCCAAACUAAGGCCAUGAAUGAGCGUAAUGAGAAUUCAUCAAUGAGAAAUGAAAUGGAAAUGGUGAAGGAAGAAAACAACUUCCUUAGAGAAGUCCUUAAGAAAGCUCUCUGUCUUAACUGUGGAUUUCCAACUAUGGAUGCACAAGAUUUGAGGAUCAAAAAUGCUCUUCUUCUCACCGAGUUCAAAAAGCUAAAAGCGGCUGUCAAUGUGUCGGGAUCCUCACCUGCUAGUGCGACAUCGUGUGUUUUAGGAAUAGAGGUGUCGAAGAUUAUGAAACUUGUUGGUCAAGCUACUGAAGAGCUUAUCGAUAUGGAAACGUUGAAAGAACCUCUUUGGUCUUGCGGUAUGGAAAAUGGUAGUGAAAUAAUAAAUAAUAAUGAGUAUGUGAGAAGGUUUCGGUCCGGGUCCGGAGACUCGACAUAUGAGAGUCGUGGAAUGCGUAUCGAGGUGUCGAGGGAAAUCGUGACUGUCUUUGCUGACAUAAUUGAGCUUCUUCAAUGUUUUAUGAACGUGAAUGAAUGGAAGGAUAUGUUUCCUAGCAUUAUAUCAAAGGCUACAAGUGUUGAUGUUAUUAGUGAAGGAAAAGGGAAUCAUAGAAAUGGUGAUGUUCAAUUGAUGUUCGCGGAAUAUCAGAUGCUCACUCCGACGGUUCCAACGAGAGAAGUGCACUUCGUUCGUCAUUGUAGACAACUGAGUUUCAAGAAAUGGGUAAUUGUCGAUUUCUCUGUCGCUAAUAGUAUCGAAGUUUCCGCAGUUAAAUUUAGGAAACGUCCAUCUGGUUGCAUUAUUGAGGAUAUAUUGGAUGGUCAUUGCAAGGUAACGUGGAUUGAACAUUUUGAAUGUGAAAACAUCUUUAUCCCAACAAAUUAUCCUGGAAUAAUUAGCACAGCUUUCGGUGCUAGGCACUGGGCUACGGCUCUACAACAACAAUGUGAACGACGCUCCUAUAUGAUGACCACUCACUUUCCCACUUAUGAGUCAAAUGUUUAUGGAAACCGUAUAGGACCUGCGUCUGCUAUGGAGGAGAGGAAAAGUAUAAUGAUGUUGGCGAAUAAAAUGACGAUUAAUUUCUGUCGUUCGAUUGGGUCAAGUCUCCAUAAAUCGACCAAGUUAACAAGCAAAAACGAAUAUGACAUUAGGGUUUCUAUUAGGAAGAACUUAGAUGAGCCUGGAGAACCUAUUGGCGUGAUCCUUUGUGCGGUUACAUCAAUAUGGUUACCCGUCACUCGACUUGUCUUGUUUGACUACCUUAGUGAUGAAAGUCGAAGACAUGAGUGGGAUGUUAUAUUGAAUGGAAAACCAGCUGAAUCCCUAAUAAACAUGACCAUGGGCAGCAACUCGGUUACAAUCCAAGGGAUUAAGGGGAAAGAAGACGACAUGAGGAUAAUGCAAGAUUGCUCAACAAAUGAAUUCGAAUCAAUGUUGGCUUUUGCAUCGUUGAGCAUGUCCUCACUACAAUCAAACUCAGCACGUGGCAACUCGGGGGAAAUUGUGAUGCUUCCCUCGGGGUUUUCGAUCCUUCAAGAAGGGUUGGAGUCGAGGCCAAUGGUAUUCGAUGGUUCGAUGGAUCAAGCUCAUAUGCUUAAAUCAGGAGGGGCUGAAGAAGAAGGAGGGCGUCGGGGAUGCCUUCUAACUCUAGCUUUUCAAAUAUUGGCGAACAAUUCUCCAAUGGAAGAACUAGAACUGAGUGUGGAUUCAAUAGAGUCUGUUACUAAGCUUGUUUCGUUCACAUUAAGAAACAUUAAGAAAAGUUUAAAGUGUGAGUGA